GUUUGACACUGCCCUGAAGACAACAGCACAUAGGAGAUAUUACUAAGGGUGUUACUGUCUCGGUCCUGCCAUUGAAGGGACAUCUAGAGGUUUGUGAGGUGUAGCGUCAUGGAUGUGGACUUGGAGAGGAUCAUUCAGUAUAUUAAACAAGGUGACCAGGACAGUGUCCAGACUCACCUGGACCACUACAACACUCAGAAUGCUGAAUGCUUCUUCUUUGAUUUUGAGGAGAGGAAACGAAGAAAGCAAGUUGAACUGGAUGAGUUUAAGAAGAACAAGGUGAGGGAAUACGUUCCUGAUUCUGACUCAGAUUUGGACUCGGAUGAUGCUGAUGACCCAGAUUUACUUCUCAGACGGAGGCUGACUGCUGCCUUGGUCAGGUUCAUCCGUACCCAGCUCCAGCCAGGGGUUCUGAGGGUAAUCCUUCGUACGCUACGUAUCCUGUCCCGUGACCGGCAGGGCCUGGGGCCCCUUGUGACUGAUGAUGCCCUCCUAACCCUUGCACGUCUGGGCGGCAUAAAUGCCCUGCCUGACCCAGAGGGCCGGGAGGAAGACGAGGAGGAAGGUUGCAGUGCCAGAAGAGAAGCUUAUAGCCAAGUCCUCUCCAUAACCUGCAAACAGAGUCUAUUGGCUGCUGGAGCUGGCAGCUCAUUUGCGGGUAGCAUCACGGAUGCUAAUGGUUGCGAUGCUAACCCACGUCAGCGCUCGUCGGACGAAGCAUCCACUCAGAUCUGUCCAGACCUGGGUGUAGGGAUGGCAUCCCCAUCACUGAACAGCAACCCGUGCUGCUUUAUUGCCCUCACAGAGGAAACCUGCCAAGGCAACCCGUGUUCAGUGUCUACAGAAAGUAGCGCUGCUGAAUACCAUCCCCCUCCACGUUACGGAGUGCUGGCACGUGGAAAGAAGGAUGUCCGGUGCGAAAGCAGAGAAGAGGAGGAAGAAGAGGAGGAAGGGCAGGCUUGGAGGAGGGAGGCCCUGAAAGCCCUGUGUAAUAUUAUCUAUAAUAGCCAGAGGGCUCAAGAAAGGGUCAGCACCCUGAGACUGCUCUCUGGUCUCUCAGAGAGGUUGAAGAAAGGGAUCAGUGGCAGAGUACCACCCAGUGGUCAAUUCUAUGAACUGCGCCUGCUAUUCCUGCUGACUGCUCUGAGGCCAGAGCUUCGGGAACAACUGCAGAAGGAGCGAGGGGUGUCCAUGCUGACCUCAGCUCUGGAGCAGUGUUUGUCAGUGCAGUGGAGGGAAAAGUAUGAGGUGCUGAGCGACCCCAGAGCACCCCCUGUCUCCACGGAAGUGUCACAGCGAGUUGCGGAGAUACUAAAGAUCCUGUUCACCAUCACAUACAGAUUCCACAGACAGGAGCCGGAUGAGGAGGAUGCGGCUCUCUAUCGCCACCUGGCUGCAUUGCUGCGUCACUGCCUGAAGGUGACCUGUGACAGAGAAGACCUUACUGAGGACCUACAAGGGCACACAGUGAACAUGCUGUCUGCUCUGCCCCUGCAAUGUCUUGACGUGCUGCUGUCGGCACGUGUCACGGAGGGGUCACAUGAAUGGGAGGGGGUCAACAUGGAGACUGUCCACACCCUACUGACCUUCAUGGAGAAACGUCUGUACAGGGGUCAAAAGUUGAAGGAGAAACUGACUCCAGUCCUGAAUCUUCUAACUGAGAGCUGCAGAGUGCACCGCGAGACACGCCACUACCUCAGAAAACAGAUACUCCCCCCUUUGAGGGACGUUGCCCAGAGGCCAGAGCAGGAGGCCACAGUGAAGGGACAUCUGGUGCGCCUGAUGACCCAUGUGGACACGGACAUCAAGCACUGUGCCGCAGAGCUGCUUUUUGUGCUCUGCAAAGAGAAUGUGAGUCGUUUUGUGAAGUACACAGGCUAUGGGAAUGCAGCAGGAUUGCUGGCAGCCCGGGGAAUGCUGAGUGGAUGUCAGGUGACCUACAGCCAGUACUCUAGUGACUCAGACUCCGAUACAGAGGAAUACAAGGAGGCUAAGGAGCAUAUCAAUCCAGUGACUGGAAGGGUGGAGGAACAGCAGCCAGAUCCUAUGGAGGGAAUGACAGAGCAGGAGAAAGAGGAGGAGGCAAGGAAACUCAUCAGUCUGUUCAACAGGCUUUCACGGGACAACAUCAUCCAACCAAUUGGAGUGACAACAUCAGGGAAACUGGAGCCCCUUUGUGGUCAAAUGAGGGAGAGCAUACUAGAAGAAGAGGAGGAAGACCCGAAUGAAUCAGAGGAAGAGGAGGUAGAUUAGGGAGGAGCGUGAAAAUUGAAUAGGAGAAUAGGAGGUUGGAGAGUGAAAGAAAGCAAGAGGAGAGAGGUUGGUUUGUGUUUACAUAGCGCCUUUCAUCCAAUGAACCAGGAAGCACUUUACUUUGGAUCAUGUGUCCAUCUGCCCGUCGCUAAGUGUAACACUAUGGAAUAGUGUGAAUGUAUUGCCCCGUUUACGCCUCCUUCAAAUGUGUCCAUUAUCUGGUCCACAUUAUCUUGUCCAUAUUAUCUUGUCCACAUUGUCUUGUCCAAGUUCUGAUUGUGCCCGCAUUUCUAGACAGGUGUAACUGACAACCAACAACAUCUGAUCGAUUUCAAGAUAAGAUGAGAUGUAAGAAAAGAGAAAAUGUAAAAAAUAGAGAAUACGCUAAUACUUCCCAUGGCUUUAUGUAUACCCUAGUACUGGCAUCUCAAUAAACAUUCUUCAAAUAAGACCAGGAUAAUUGACAAAUAUUAGAGACAGCUAUGAAAAGAGCUUUUACAAUCACUGUCUAGUUAGGUAGAGUCAACAAGUUUAUAGGGGAAAAUACGCUAAAGAAACAACAAGAAAUAGAAAUUGAAUCCUUAGACUCCAAUCUGUUUCCUCACCUGGGUAUGAAUGGAAUAUCCCCACUGUAUGUUCAAAUGUGCAAAGCUAUUUGCCUGUAGCAAGAGGAAGGAGAGGGUUGUUUCCAUUUGUGUGCCUGCGCAUACUGGCAGCCUAUUGGAGGGGAUGUUGAUUCAAUUAAUCUCAGUAUUUUUAAUCUCAGUAUCAACUCAAAUAAUUGACAAAGGAAAAUAUGUGAAUAGAGAUGACUAAUUACAUAAAAGAUUUAAUCAAAAUAAAAUGAAGCAGUGCUGAUAAAACUGUAAAACUAUAUAUGCACAUUAUGGCUGGUUUUGUUAAAUACUUUUAAGCCUAGUACUGGACUAAUAAGCCAAGCUAACUGGAGAUUUCCAUUAUUCUAUGUCCAUGAAACAAGCCCUAUAUUUUAUUUUAUUCAAUGGAAUUAGGUAUAGCACGGCAGGAAUGGGCACAGCCUCAGAAAUAAUUGAAAAUCCUUAUUUCUGUAAAGAACAGUAACAGUAAAGAAAAUCAUAGUUAUUUCUUAACGAUUAAACCUAAACUGAACUGACCUCAACAGUGUUUAGAGGUAACUGGAAACUCCUUCCAGCACGUACAUCUCCAUUGAAGGUAGCUGCCAUUUUAAUGUGGUCAGGCAGGUGGGACUUCCAACUUCAUUAAAGGUAUGGGGUAUUUAACAUGUUUUUUCCUUACAUUCAUUCCUAUGCUAUUUCUAUGAUGUACAGUGUACUUCCUUUUAACAUUUUCUGUAGUGUAAUAAGCAUAUUGUUUCUCAUGCUGUGGUAUCAAUAAACCAUUCCUAACUAUACUGCUGUAACUUUCCAUUGAGGCCAAACAGGCAUCAGCAUCAGGCACAAUGCCUGGGUAAACACAUCAGUGGAAAUAAUUGUUUUAAGUUAAUAUAAGCUGUUACUGAAAGGACAUUAGAUCAAAGUAAACUAACCUUAAACCUUAUCUUGACUGUUUUACACUUACGCUUUAACUGAGCAGAUGCAUUCCAAUCAGGGCAUUUUUACCCUUCCCACUUUUCCUCAGUGAAAUUCCCAUCAAAACAGUUCCAGUCCAAUUCAUAAAAGUUGACCCUUCAGUCCUUGAUUGAUCUUGGGGGAACUUUGUUUAUUUGCAGUGUUGAUAGUACCCACAAUUGAAGGCAAACUGUAGUCACUACAUGUAGUUUAAUGCUGGUGGCCACAGUGUUACGUUUCAUGAACACGGCUACAUUUUUGUCUUAGACUCUAAGCUUAAUGGUCAGAUGUCUCAUGAAGUGUGGAGCUAGUUACCUAACUCUGACCAUUACUCUCCCUUGCUUGGGCAAGUGGACUUGUGACAUGUGAUGAUGUAAAUGUCAUUUAAGGGCUGAGGGAACUGUAGCCAGUGACUUCUGAGUUAAAGAUGGGUGUUUGCUGUGUAGUGUAGUGGAGCUGAAGUGAUUAAAUUGGAGGGAAAAAUCUCAGUCACAGUAGGUGUAGAUCCUUUGAAACUCUU